ACGAAAUUGCCUUUCAGAGCAAUGACAUGGGCGCAGUUGAUGUUCGAAGCGGCAAAACUGAUCAUUCGUGGUGGCCAUAAGCUGGGAAUAGCAUUGUAUUUGAUCGCUUGCACUAUCUACAGUUUUGGCUACUUCUUGAUGAUCAGUGGAAGAGACGAAGAAGAAAGCGAACAGGCUGCACUACCGAUGCCUGAAAGUGCAACAUCACGUUUCCAAGCGCAACACUCGACCGAAAUUCCUUCAUAUCGGAAUCGUUCUCGCGAAUACGAUAUAUUCGGUGUGCAUGUGCAUCAUGACGUGGACCAGCAACCACCAUCGCCGAUGUCGCAAACCCACACUUCUGAAAAUGAGCUGGGUCAGUGCUAUAGUCUUUGCAUUUGGAGUUAG